CGCUGCGCAGUGACGUCAUCAUUCGGCGCCGACAGGACGGCUUGGCGUGUGCGGACCGGUGCCGCUUUCGGCUUUUCCCUGCCGGGCUGGCGGUGGUGCUCUUCGUGGUGAGAGAACAUGGAUUCACAGAAGGACGUUCAGCCUCCAAAGCAGCAGCCAAUGAUUUACAUUUGUGGAGAAUGUCAUACGGAAAAUGAAAUAAAGGCAAGAGAUCCAAUCAGAUGCCGAGAAUGUGGGUACAGAAUAAUGUACAAGAAAAGAACAAAAAGAUUGGUGGUUUUUGAUGCCCGGUGAUUUGACCUGAAGAUACAUUAAUUUUAUACUUCAGUAUUUCUGGCAACUUUGCUCUGUAAAUCCAUUGGUGUAUAAAUGCAUAAUUUUGUGGUUUAAGAUAUUGAAAUAUUAAACUUUACUGUAUUACUUGUCAUACCAUCACAAUUCUAUCUAUACUACUUUUAGAAGCGGAUUUGUUACUUAAAUUUUAAUAUGUUAAAUUUAUUAGUAUUGUAUUCAUUUUUGAGUUAAGUGCUAACCUUGUUUUCACAACUCUUGCCUAAACCUUACUUGUGUUUUAACUCUUUUCAAUGUUUUUUGGACUCCUGUGAACUACAUAAAAUCUUGGUUUGAAUAAAUCCCAGUGAAGAUAUAUUGAAGGCAACACAAAAUCAGGUCUGAAAUUUGGAUUUGAACUCGACAGGACCCAAAUCAGGAUAAAAAUUAUAUGCAUAAAUGCAAAUUCUGUCUGCUUUGUGACUUGCUUGUACUCACCAAAAUAAGUAGGACUGUAGUAUAAAGAUAAGGUAAAACUGAAGUAACAUCAUUUUGCUUUUGUCAUGAGUCUGUAAUAAGAAGUGGUUGUUGUUUUGUACUGAUAAGCCCAAACCCUUUACCUGUUCAGAGUAUUUGCUAAGUGAUACUAAAAUACCCAUUGUGCUGAUGUGUCUUAGAAAACACUGCUGCUUUGUGUCUGAUGCUAAUUCAGCCUGAUUAAAUGCUUGCUGAUUAAAUGCUAAAUUUUGAUGCUA